CUAGCGCAGGACCGCGCGGUUCAAAUACAGAACACGCUACUUUCAUAUGAACUAGUGAACUCGUGCUGUCGUAUCUAUUUAGCCUUACGGCCAUUUCGUUGACUCGAAAUUGUUAUUGAUGAAUUAUUGUGAGUGAUCAUUGAUGUCCAAUAAGGUGAAACGCUGGUUCGGUGUCCAAUCACUCAUUUCAAAACAUGUGAGAUGCUUGAUUAUUAGCAUAUAAAGUGUAUUCUUUGAAAUCUAUGUACUUUCAUUAGAAGACAUAAUAAAUAGACUAAUAUGUGUCAUUUCCAUUGACGAUUAAUUGGUGAUGAUUGUGUCUAUCGUGAUAAUGAGACUAAGGAAACAUUUGGUAAAAGCAUAGUUUGCGUUUUUAUGCACAGCAAUGGACCACGUGAUCAGAUAUAAUAGUGAAUCGUUUUUGACAUUGUUUUACACUGAAAUAUUGAGAAUAGACGCUGAGUUGACAAUUUUAUAAUUUAUUUAUGAUAAGUGAAUUUAUUGUGAUACUUAUUAGAGACCCAAUGAUAAAUGGAGUAAUGCAAAGACUUGUGUUGCGAGGAUUUAAUGUUUGGUGGCAUUUAUUUUAUUUAUAUGCCAGAGUAUGAAAUGAUAUCGAGCCUGUUGGUAGCAAUAAUGUAUAACACCAAGCCUAAUGUUUUAAUAAUUGACACAUUUUUAAUAAAUUUAUGUGAGUUUCAAUAUGAAAUGUUUCUAUUUUCAAAUUACAAUGAUUGUAUAUAGUAAUGUUAAUAAACAUAUAUAACUUGCAUCAUCUUUGGCGUAUUAUUUAUGUAAAAUAAAAUGUACUUAUAUUAUAAAACAUUUUCACGAUGGCAAACUUUUAGAAACGACACAAUCAAUAUAACUUUUUAUCAGAGUAGUAAAAUAAACAAUAGCAUUUAUUCAGAUGUAAUAAAUCGAUAUCAAAUGCCUUUUGUAAAUGCAUAUUGGUUUUUCUUCUCCAUAGCGGUGACUGUGACGUUCUCGCAAGUGGACAAAGUGACGUAUGAAGGUGCUCAAGUAUGGCAGACGACGCUGCGGGGCGCCGAGGAUGUGCUUCUCAUCAAGCGACUCGUUGAUAACCAAGAUAUAUCAAUCUGGAACCUGCGUCCAACGAGGGCGGACUUCCUAGUGCGCGCUCAGCACAAGGUGAAGGUAUACCGUCAGAUGACUGCCCGUAACCUGAGCCAUACUGUGCUCAUCAUGGACGUACAGCGGAGGAUUGACACACAGCCGGUCGCGAAUACGCUAUGGACUGAAAAUACACUGAGAAUCGGUCACCGUCUCUCCUGGAAGAAAUACCCGACUUUAAAUAUCAUUGAAGAGUAUUACAAUUUCUUGGCAGAAGACUACUCUUCGAUUUGUAGAGUGCAAUCUAUUGGAACCACUGCCGAGAACAGAACAAUAAAGAUGAUCAACAUAACAAAUGGUAACCCUAACAACCAGAUAAUAUUGAUAACUGGAGGGCAACACGCUCGGGAAUGGGCCUCCGUCACAUCAGCGCUUUACGUACUGCAUAAUAUCAUCACCAAGUUUGAUAAGCAAAAGAGUUAUGUGAGAAACAAAAACUGGUUAAUAAUUCCAGUGGUGAACCCCGAUGGCUAUGUAUACUCUCACACGGUGGACAGGCUCUGGCGAAAGAAUCGGCGGAAAUUCAUGUACUGUGUAGGAGUCGAUGUUAACAGGAACUUUGCUACUGACUGGGGUAUCGCCGGCAUUACUGAAAAUAACGAGUGUAAGACCACUUAUUCCGGACCUUAUCCUUUUUCUGAAGCAGAAAGUGUGGCUUUACGCGACCUGAUAAAGUCGUUGGUGCCAAAACCCAUCGCCAUAGUGGAUUUUCAUUCAUACGGCAAACUGAUUUUGUUCCCUUGGAGCGCAAGACCCCAGGCCACGCCAAACCUCCAGUUGCACCGGCAAACAGCUGACUUAAUGACCAAUUCAAUGUAUAAAUCAACGAAACAGAACUACACACUCGGAGCAACAUACCAUACAGUGUACCCAGCCACAGGGACAUUCCUAGACUGGGCUUAUUCAACGGGGGUGGCCCACACCUACGUCAUCGAAAGCAGAGACAAGGGCGAACUAGGGUUUUUGUUACCACCUGAGGAAAUUGAAGAUACGGGGAAAGAACUGUAUGCUGCUGUGCGCGCCUUGGCUAAAACUAUCAAAUGCUCAGAAGAGGCAAGUCAGAAUAAAAGUGACAAUGAAACUUGGUUCUGACGACAUAAUACAUGCAUCUCCAAUAGUUAUAUCUCAUAUGCUAUAAUUAGCAAUCUUCACUGUUAUUUUUAGGUUUUACAAAUAUGGUUUACUAAUUAUUUUUUAAACUAUUAUAGUGCUUAUAGCAA